UCCGAGGCUCCGCCCCGCCCCGCCUCCUCCUCCGCGGCCCCGCCCCCGACACCAUCGCCGUCGCCCGCUUCCCCCGAGCGGCGCGUCGCCCUCCGAGGCGGCCCCGGCCGGCACGGAUGGUGGGCUGAGCUGGCCUGGAAAAAAGAAGCUUGUUGUUUGUCCGAGCUCUUUCUCCCCUCCCUUUAGGGGAGCCCAGGCACAAAAUGGGGGACCCAAGAGACCUCUGUCCUCACCUGGAUUGCAUAGGUGAGGUCACCAAGGACGACAUGCUUUUCAAGUCCAAGGGAACAUGCCAGUCUUGCGGUGCGGGAGGACCAAAUCUAUGGGCCUGCCUUCAGGUCGGUUGCCAUUACGUCGGUUGUGGGGAGUCCUUUGCGGAUCACAGCACUUUGCACGCCCAGACCAAAAAGCACAAUUUGACGGUGAACCUGACUACCUUUCGGGUGUGGUGCUACACGUGCGAGAAGGAGGUGUUCUUGGACCAACAUCUGGCUUCCCAUCCUGCCAAUCUGCCUUCCAAAUUUAUGGAACAGGAUGCUCUCCCGCCUGUCCAUCCGCUCAAAGCUGUCCCGAUCGCCGUCGCUGACGAAGGAGAAUCGGAAUCGGAAGACGACGACCUGAAACCAAGAGGCCUUACGGGAAUGAAAAACCUGGGGAAUUCAUGUUACAUGAACGCUGCUCUCCAGGCUCUCUCCAACUGCCCCCCACUCACCCAGUUCUUCCUUGAAUGCGGGGGCCUCGUGAGAACCGACAAGAAGCCGGCACUCUGCAAAAGUUACCAGAAGCUGAUCUCCGAAGUGUGGCACAAAAAACGCCCGAGCUACGUUGUCCCCAGCAGCCUCUCCCACAGCAUCAAGCUGAUCAACCCCAUGUUCCGGGGCUACGCGCAACAGGACACCCAGGAAUUUCUCCGCUGCCUGAUGGACCAACUUCACGAAGAGCUGAAGGAGCCGGUGGUGGCCGAGCUGCGCGACUCGGACGCAAGCGACACGGACGAGAAGAGGGAGGGGGACCGCAGCCCCUCGGAGGACGAGUUCCUCUCCUGCGACUCGAGCAGUGACCGCGGAGAAGGGGACGGGCAGGGCAAAACGGGCUCGGCCGAAGCGGAGCUGCUGAUCCAGGACGAGGCGGGCCGGAACAUCUCUCAGAAGGAACGGAUGAAGGAUCGGAAGUUCUCCUGCCACCAACGGCGGAGCAACUCGGAGCAAGUGGACGAAGAUGCUGACGUCGACACCUCGGUGAUGGCGGUGGAAGGCGGGGCUUCUCCGGAAGGGCUCCUGCCGCCCCCUCCUCGACCUGCCAGCCCUGCGAGGACCCCAGAACCAGAUAAUGACGCCUACCCUCAUUGCUCGUCGCGGCCCUGCAGCCCUGUCCACCAUGAUAUGUACGCCAAACUUUCAAAUCCUCCUCAUUCCAGCCCUGUGAGGCUGGGAGCCUCCUACGUGCUGAAGAAAGCUCAGCUGUUGACGGCUGGAAAAAGGAAGAAAGAGUUGCGCUACCGUAGCGUCAUCUCUGACAUCUUUGACGGCUCCAUUCUCAGCCUCGUCCAGUGCCUCACCUGUGACCGAGUUUCCACCACUGUAGAGACCUUCCAGGAUCUGUCGCUACCGAUUCCCGGGAAGGAAGACUUGGCUAAACUGCAUUCGGCCAUUUACCAAAAUGUGCCAGUCAAGGCAGGAGCCUGCGGUGACAACUAUGCCGCCUCGCAGGGCUGGAUCGCCUUCAUCAUGGACUACAUUCGCAGGUUUGUGGUGUCCUGUAUCCCCAGCUGGUUUUGGGGCCCCGUCGUCACCCUGGAAGACUGCCUGGCUGCCUUUUUCGCUGCAGACGAGUUGAAAGGUGACAACAUGUACAGCUGUGAAAGAUGUAAAAAGUUGCGGAACGGAAUCAAGUACUGCAAAGUGCUCCAGCUGCCGGAGGUCCUCUGCAUCCAUCUAAAGCGCUUCCGGCACGAAGUCAUGUACUCCUUCAAAAUCAACAGCCACGUUUCCUUCCCUCUGGAAGGCCUGGACCUGCGGCCCUUCCUGGCCAAGGAGAGCCUCUCCAAAGUCACUAGUUACGACCUCCUCUCGGUGAUUUGCCACCACGGCACAGCCGGCAGUGGACAUUACAUUGCCUACUGCCAGAACAUGAUCAACGGCCAGUGGUACGAAUUCGACGACCAGUACGUGACCGAAGUGCACGAAACAAUCGUGCAGAACGCCGAGGCUUACGUCUUGUUCUACAGAAAAAGCAGCGAGGAGGCUGUCCGGGAGCGCCAGAAAGUCGUCUCUUUGGCCACCAUGAAGGAGCCCGGCCUGCUGCAGUUUUACAUCUCCCGGGAAUGGCUGAACAAGUUCAACACCUUCACGGAGCCCGGACCCAUCAGCAACCACAUCUUCCUCUGCCCCCACGGAGGAAUUCCACCGAAUAAAUACCAUUAUAUUGAUGAUCUGGUGGUAAUUCUUCCCCAGAAUGUUUGGGAAUACCUGUAUAACAGGUUUGGGGGCGGCCCAGCCGUCAAUCACCUCUACGUCUGCUCGGUGUGCCAGGUAGAGAUUGAAGCUCUGGCUAAGCGGAGAAAGAUGGAGAUUGACACCUUUAUCAAGCUGAACAAAGCCUUCCAGGCCGAGGAGUGCCCGAGCGUCAUCUUUUGCAUCAGCAUGCAGUGGUUCCGCGAAUGGGAGGCCUUCGUCAAAGGGAAGGACAACGAGCCCCCUGGCCCGAUCGACAACACCAAAAUUGCCGUGGCCAAAGGAAGCGGCCACAUGCAAGUCAAGCAGGGAGCCGAUUACGGGCAGAUCUCGGAGGAGACUUGGAUCUACUUGAGCACGCUCUACGGCGGAGGCCCCGAGAUCGCCAUCCGGCAAAAUGUGGCCCACGUGCAGGAGGUAGGAAGCCUCCAUGGGGAGCAGAAGAUCGAAGCUGAGACCAGAGCAGCAUAAGACGAUGGGGACGUUCAGGUUGGCUCCCCCUUCAGACUCCUCCUGCGUUUUGGAACUCGACACACGUCCCACCCCCUGCCCUGUCCCCAGCCAGCCACUUGGGGCCCCCCCCACCCCCGUCUUUGGUCGCUCUUCCGCCAGGGCCCAAGAGCAUCUCGACUGCCUGUUUUUGUCCCACGAUUGUCCCGUUCCAGGCACGGAAGAGCUGCCUGGCUUUGGUUCCCUGCUUUCUCAUCCCAUCGUCUGCAGAAGCCGGGAAGGGUCCUUGCGGAGAAGUUGGGGUCGCCUUUGGAAGGAGCCGGCAUCGUAACCAUUCCCGUUUGCCACUCAGCUGGCCUUUUGUGACUCGAGCUGUUCUUGGAGAAAGUCCCAAGAAGGGGUGCACCAUUGUCUUGGUUCUCGUUUUGGUUCCUCUCCUGAAUUUGGGGCCCGAGAUUUUGAAGUCGCCUGCAAAGAACCUCAUUGGAAAGGAAUACGUGGGGCGACAAGGUUCCCCCCCCCUCUUCCCUUUUGUGGCAUUACAAAAUAUAUUCCUUCUCCCGUACUGAUGAAAAAGGGUCUUCAGAGAGUUGGGUGCAGCCCCCGAUUCCCUUCUAUUUAUCUAUUUAUUUUCAAGGAAUGGAUUGUCCUUGAUUCUUCUCCUCUCUGUCACCCAAGUAUUUCCCAGCACAAGCUGGCAACAUUGGUACGCCUAAAACCAAGCGUGGGCCUCAAGCCACAUCGACAAACAGGCUUGAAUUUCCACCCAGUGGUUCCUUGCACACCCAAAUGCUACAGAAAUCUCAAAAAAUGUGACAACGAAGUAAGGGAACUCUCUACAUCUGUGCGCUGAAAAGAGGUUGAACAGGUCCCAGAAGGAGGAAACGAGGGCCCCCAUUCUCUGUGCAUCGAUGCUGACCUUCACUUCGAAUUCCUGCAAAAUUUCCUUGGGGGAUUUAUGACUUUCUCAUCCACCUGCGUGAUGCUUAGGGCAAGAUGGAGCUAAGAGAGUUCCCCCCACCCAAAGCAAACAGGCAAUCCCACUUUGGACGUGAACUAAGAGCUGGCUUCUUGCACGUCUCCGCUUUUCGCCAUUUCAACAGAGGCCCGGAUGCUAAUCCUCAAGAGAGCAGAGAUUCUUGCUGUCCUAGCGAUGUAUCACUCUGCAGCUGUCUCGCACACCGACAUACAACCUCACUUUUUGACCCAGGUGGGAAGGGCAUUACCCUUAAGAAGGCAGUUUAUUAUUAUUAUUAUUAUUAUUUCCUGGACCAAGGAGUGGUAGCACCGCCGGAGGAAGAGAUGCAGAAUGAAACGUGGACUCGGGAGAAGCUGCUUUGAAGGCGAGAGGUCGAUGGCAAAGGCUGGGUUACCAAAAAGAGGUCCUGGCCUCUACCUACUGGAUGCCACCUGUCCUUGCUGUGUCUUCCUUCCCACAGUCCUUCUGGGGCAGCCCUGUUUUGCAUUGUCCUGCGUGGAUCCACUUUGGGGAGACUGGGACCUUGGAUGCUUCAUCCAUUGGUGUUUUUUUUCCCCUGCCAAAAACAGCCAAUAAAACUCGCUCACGUUCAAAA